CUCAAGAAUGCUGGAUCGGGCAUUCGUUGAGCAGGUUGCGCCUCACUCAAUAACAACAGACGUAAUCCAAACUCAAGUACUUGGGAUUGGCAUUGCGCCGCAUAUGAAUCAUUAUGGCGGCUCUCGAAGUGGAGGCGGUCAAUCAGUGCAAGGGGCUCCUUGGGGUUAUGUUGGCGCAAGCCAGUGAAGUCAAACGAACAAACGGAAUCGAGCCGCCCAUAUUGAAAGCGGAUAUUGAAGAAGGGUUUCGGCGACUUCAAGAGCUACCGGAAUUUGCGAAGAGACGCGAUGCGAAGAAAUCAACUAUAUAUGCGGUCGUCGAAAUAGCUGUCCGAGACGCCUUUAUCGAUCUCCUGGCUACUUAUUCAAUAGAACAACCUCAAUUUGUCCAAGUGUGGAAUCUGCUGGAUAUCGUAUCGACUCUCUCCGAUGACGGACAAUGCGACCCAGCCCUGCUCUUCUGGCUCAUCGAAGAACUCCUCGACAGCCAGACUAUCGCCGGGUGCCGGAAGAUUUUGGAUUACCUGGAGUCAAGACGGGAGCGCAUAAUUGCAAAGGACUUUGCAGGAAAGAAAUUGGCGAUACUGAGAAGUUGCAAUGAGCUCCUACGACGACUCUCACGGGCGGAGGACACGGCAUUCUGUGGACGGGUUUUUAUUUUCAUGUUCCAGAGUUUCCCUCUAGGCGACAAGAGUUCUGUGAAUCUGAGGGGCGAAUACCAUGUGGAGAAUGUGACAACGUUCGACCAAAUACCUGCGAAGGGGGAAACUCAGGGGGACCAGAUGGAAGUUGAUGCGGGUGUUGAACCUACGCCUACAGGACCCGCUGCAGACAUACCUACGAGUGAAGAAGCUAAGAAGGUGACCUUUAAUGCUGCUUCAACUGCUCAAUCAGAGCAGCCGUUGAGUUCUGACGACCUAUACCCCAUUUUCUGGUCUUUGCAGCAGAGCUUCAGUCAACCAAAAGGACUGUUCGACACACAGCGUUUUAAAGAGUUCAAAGAAGGGCUAAAUUUGACGAUUACGGCGUUUCGAUCGGUGCAGAACGAAUCAAACUAUCGCGGUUCUUCCAAACCUGUCGACGAUGAAAAUAGGGGCACCAAGCGAAAGCGACGACAGGAUGAUGAUGACUUGGCCCACAUCUUCAACCCCAAAUACCUCACCAGCAGAGACUUGUUCGAACUUGAGAUCAAGGAUCUUUUAUUCCGUCGUCAUAUUUUGGUUCAGGCACUUAUUAUAAUGGAUUUCCUGAUAUCGCUCGGGAGCAAGGCGAAGGAGAAUCAAGCAACCACCACCAAACAAAACCUCUCAGUAAUGUACCAAGAUCAGAUCCUCAGCGACGAAGAUGUAAAAUGGGCAGUGGAUACAAAGAAAUCUAUAGCCGACUAUUUAAAGCAGGGCCACGACGGGCCAUUUUUCUACCGAAUGGUUGAGACAGUGUUAUCACGAGAUAAGCACUGGGUGCGCUGGAAGAUUGAAAGCUGUCCAUCUAUAGAACGGCCAGCCGUAACGCCAGAAGAGUACCUCGCCGCAAAAGCUACAGCAAAAAAGAUUACUACAAAUAAACGGCUAAGGCCGAAACCGAUGGGCUCGCUCGAACUUGGAUUUCUGAGUGAGGCAGACGGAAUCAUAGGUAUGGAGCGAUUGAAGAAUCCGUCGCGUUAUUCAUUACCUCCUUUAGCGAGCUUCAAAGAUAAAAUCGCGCUUGACGACAUGGAAAUUGACAUGCCAACCAACGACGACACAAAAGAAGCAGCCAUCUACGGAAAAGCAAGCAAAACCUGGCGAGCUUUGAGGGUAGCGAGCAAAACAAAGCUAGCAGCCUUUGAUAAGAUCGACGACGCAGAGAAGAUCGAUUAUAUAUUCGAGGACAAGCCACCUGUAGCUGACAUAGAGGUCGAAAAAGACACAAGUAGCCCGAUCGACAACAUGAACGGGACGAGUGAAAUAUCCCCCGUCGACCGACGCCCAGUAGUCAUUUCUGGCCCCGGCGGCGUCGGAAAGGGAACCCUCAUCUCGAUGCUCAUCGACAAACACCCCAAACUCUUCGGUCGCAAGGCCUCUCACACCACUCGCGCGCCACGCGUAGGCGAAGUCGAUGGGACGCACUAUAAUUUUAUCACCCCUGAGACCUACGCCAUGAUGCGCGAUGGCGACCAGUUCCUCGAGUUUAACAACUUCAACGGCAACGACUACGGUACUAGCAAGAAGAUCGUCGAGGGGAUCGUUGCGUCGGGCAAAGUCCCGGUUAUGGAGAUGGACUUUCAUGGCAUCCAACAGCUCAAAGACCAAUCCUACCCCGCCCGAUUCAUCUUCCUCAACGCGCCAAGCUUGGAGGAACUGGAGAAGCGCCUGCGCGCGCGUGGCACAGACGACGAGGAGAAGGUUAAGCAGAGGCUUGAGACUGCGGCCGAGGAGAUCAAACACGCUGAGAUCGAAGGCUUCCACGACAAAAUCCUCAUUAACGACAACUUGACCGACACGUUUGACGAGCUGGAGAAGUACAUUUUCCAAGCUGACGCUGCUGCCACCGAGGAGACCCCUGCCGCUGAAGCGGGUGAGAGUGCAGUCGAGGCUGUGAGCGCCGUGGCGGAGGGUGAUGAUACCACUAUGGCGGAGGGGGAUGCGGCAACGGAGACGGAGUGAUUGGGAUGAUGGAGUUUUAUCAGGCACGCAUACACUGUACAUUAGCAUUUAGUGGACUUCGAUGAUUUCAGGGCGGGAGCGGGGCGAAUGGAAUACCCUGAGCAUAAUGAGGCGUAUAUACCAGAGAAAUGGUACUGGUGUAGCUCAACUGGGCUGACAUACA